AUGAGUCUCAGGAGCAAACACAGCAGCCGCCCAGGACUGCACAGGUCUUCAGGUGGCCUCAGCAGCAUGUCCAUGGGAUCCUACGCCUUCCCCAAGAUCAGCAAUGGACCCGGCCAGAUGGCCCCGAUUACAGCCGUGACUGUCAACAGGAGCCUGCUCACGCCUCUGAACAUAGACAUCGACCCUACUGUACAUGCUGUUCGCAAUCAAGAGAAAGAGCAGAUCAAAAGUCUCAACAACCGCUUUGCCUCAUUCAUUGAUAAGGUAAGACACCUGGAACAGCAAAACAGAAUGCUUGACACCAAAUGGAAGCUGCUGCAGGGACAGACUGAAGCCUCCUCGAAUGUCGAGCCCAUGCUCAAGUCCUACAUCGCCAGCCUGCAGAGGCAGCUAGAGCUCCUUAACAAUGACAAACAGAGACUGGACAUGGAGAACAGUGUGAUGCACAAAAAUGUGGAUGACUACAAGACCAAGUAUGAGCAUGAGAUCAACAAGAGGACUGAUGUAGAGAAUGAGUUUGUUUUGCUCAAAAAGGACGUAGAUGCCGGCUACCUUUCCAAAGUGGAUCUAGAGGAUAAAGUGUCUUCCAUCAGUGAUGAGUUUAAAUUCCUCCAGGCUAUAUAUAAUGCGGAGCUGCGUGAGCUGCAGGAAAGCCUAAAGGAGACCUCUGUGGUGGUGCAAAUGGACAACUCCCGCUGCCUGAACAUGGAUCAGAUCGUGGCUGAGGUUAAGGCUCAGUAUGAGGACAUUGCUGCCCGCAGUCGGGAAGAAGCAGAAUCCUGGCACCAGAGCAAGUUUAACCAGAAGACAGCCGAGGCCGACCAGUGUAGCAAUGAGCUGCGUAGCACCAGGGGGGAAAUAGCUGAGCUCACCAGGAUGAUCAACCGGCUACAGAAUGAGAUCCAUGCUGCAAAGGCACAGCGUGCAAACCUUGAGGAACAGGUAGCCGAUGCAGAGCGUCGCGGGGAAGAGGCUGUGCUGGAUGCAAAGGUUCGCAUCAGAGACCUGGAGCUGGCUUUGCAGAGGGCCAAGCAGGACAUGGCAAGGCAGCUCAGAGAGUACCAGGAGCUCAUGAACGUCAAAUUGGCUCUGGACAUAGAGAUCUCCACUUACAGGAAGCUGCUGGAAGGAGAAGAAGAAAGACUAGGACAGGAUUCUGUUCUCAACAUCUCAACAGUUCCCACAAAAGCGGCCCCAGUUAACAGCGAACUUAAACGAAGGUCAAGUGCAAUUCUCAUCAAGACAACGGAGACAACUGACAGAAUAUACUAA